AUGUCCAAGAUCGAUAACUUACUCACUUGGGCCAAGAGCAAUGGUGCCAAAAUCUCACCCAAUAUCGAAUUCAAAGAAUUAUCGCCAGGUAAUUACGGAGCAAUAUCUACUCUGCACGAAAAUGCAAUCAUUGAGGUCCCUUCUGCAUUGAUCUUUACAUGUAAGGAGGCGGAGAAGUUAUUUGGAACUCAAGCGACUAAUAAUUCGAUUUCUAUCAAUAGUCCACCAGUGUUGUUAAAGCUCUACCUAGCCUAUGCUCGAGUCCAUGAAACUUUUUUUGAUCCAUACAUUCAAUCACUUCCAGACUUAGAGACCAUUGAUCCUCCCACUGUUUGGGAUAGUCAAGAUAAACAGUUGAUUAAAGGAACAAAUUUGGGUUCUUCUUUACGAGACAUUCUUGGCACCAUAGUUGAUGAAUGGUGGGAGGCAAUCAAUGUGCUUCCUGAAACCGUACAGAAACCAGAAGAGCAUUACAUCAACAUGAAGUUUUACUAUGAAUUUAAAUUCCACACGGAUGAUGAAUUAUAUGAGGUUGUACAGAAUACAAAAAAGGAAAACUGGACGGCGUUUGGCAACUACCUUUGGGCCAAUCUGAUCUUUAAAAGUCGUGCUUUUCCAGCAUCUCUUUUGGUAAAUACAAAAGGAUUGAAAACAGGAAAGGAGGAACCAGAAUUGGAAGUAGAAUUAGAAGUAGAAUCAGAAUCAGAAUCAAGAUUAGAAACGAAAUUGGAUCCAGAUUUGGAGUCACUAUCACUAGAUAACUUAGUACCGGAUCCUUCUGCGCUUCCCAUUUUGUUACCCAUUGUGGAUUUGCUCAAUCAUCAACCAAAUGCAAAAGUUAAAUGGACAGGCUUUGAUGUAAAAGAGAGCGCAAAAAAUGGCGCAGAAGGAGAAGACAAUAUUGGUUUCAAGUUUGAGACAGAAGAACCCGUUAGUAAAGGGAGCCAAGUAUUCAACAAUUAUGGACUCAAGGGGAACGAGGAGCUUCUCUCGGCGUAUGGGUUCACAAUUGAAAACAACGAGCUGGAUGUUGUAGCGUUGAAAAUUCAGAUUCCCGAUGUUGUAAUAGAUAUGGUUGAAAAAAGCGGGAUUAAGUUGCCAAAGAUUGAGGACUACACAAAUUCCAUCUCGGCGCAAAAGGAUAUGGCUAAAGAUGGUGUUUUGUUUUUCAUUAGCGCGAGCCACAUACCAAACUCAUUAAUCCAGCUAUUCCAAAUUUUGAUUCGUAAUCCCUUGGAAGGUGGAAGUAUUACCUCGAGAAUGAAAUUGGCCGGACUCAAUGCUUUACGCGAUGCUCUCGCGAGGAAAAAAGAGUUGAUCAAAUUGGAUGUGCCUGAAGAUACUACAAGGAGAAAAUACAUCAAGAACUAUGUAGUGGGACAAAAUCAUGUUUUGAGUUCUGCAAUAAAGGAGAUCAAGAGAAGAGAGAAGGAUUUGUUAUUGGAGUUUAAAUCGCUGUUGAUUACACUGAAAAAGAUAUUCAAGGAAGAUGAGAAAUUCCAAAAAUCAUUGCUGUACCUAGGUCUUGAUAAUGAUAGAAUAAUGCUAUUAUGGAUUAUGCGAGUUAACAAUACGCAGUCGCCCGAGUGGAUAGCUAGUCUCUUCACCAAAUUAAGACAAAAAUCAGAUAUUACUGCACAGGAUGUACUCAAUUUCACACCAAUUCAUGACGAAAUCAUGCCUCGAUUGGUGCUAUUGGCGCCUGAAAUAUACGGCGAGGGUGACUGGUCGGUUGGUGAUUUUGCUACUGCUGCAAAAUUACUUGACAUGAUUUCUUUUUCAAGAGGCAAAGAAAAAGAGUGUAUAGUUGUUAAGCAAGACUAUAACUUAUAG